GUUUGCAGCAUUCCUCAGCGACACGUCCUGCAGUAGCUCUGCAGCUGACCGCGCUCCGCCCCGCUUCCCUGCCUUCCAUCCUGCCUGCGUGUGUACAGCUCGUUCCACCCGCAGCCUCACCGUAUCGUCGUUUGCCCCUCGCAGGAGCGCGCAUUGUUUCUGCUCUCCUCUUUUCCCCUCUGACUGAAAACGUCCUCACACAUUGGACUGGGCCUUCGCCAGAUACAACAGGCAGAAGAAUGAAGGAUAAACAAAAAAGAAAGAAGGAGCGUACCUGGGCUGAGGCGGCCCGCAUGGUUUUGGAGAACUUCUCUGAUGCCCCAAUGACCCCUAAACAAAUUCUGCACGUCAUCCAGACAAAAGGGUUAAAGGAAAUGAGAAGUGGUACGGCUCCCCUGGCUUGUCUGGUCACCAUGCUGCACUCCCAGGUAAGGGGAGACAGAGUCAAGAACAGCAUCUUCUUUAAACUUCCCGGACGAAUGAGUCUCUUCACUCUCAAGAAAAAUGCCGUCCAGUGGACCAAGUCAAACUCUGAAUCUGAGGCGACAUCAGAACAGGGAGGAAACGCAGCCGUCACCGCCUCCGGGAACAUCUCCUCUGCGGCUGCAUCCGAUGCAGUCAUUGCAGACUCCAGUGAAACCGCGGAGCAGGAGAGCUGCAACUCGGAGACUGUUGUGACGACUGUGAUGGAUAAUGAUGCAUUGGCGGAUGAGAGUUCGUCCAGUGCCUCCUGCUCCACAGAGCUGCAGCCCACCAGCAGCCAGCCUCAGACCCGCCUCAGCAGAAUGACAGCAGGACAGCACAGACGUCUGGACACCCAGCAAGCCCAACAUUCCCAGACCCGACUGAGCCGCUCACGACAGUCUGGAAGACAAAGGAAGAAAGCUGUCAUGAUGCCCCGUGUUGUCCUCACUCCUCUAAAAGUAAAUGGAGAACAUGUCUCAUCAGGACCCAUAAAAAGGAAUCGAGGAGGGGUGGAUGUGGACUUUGAAACACCCGGCUCCAUCCUUGUGAACACCAACAUCAGGGCUCUGAUCAACGUGAGGACGUUCUCUGCCUUCCCGGCACACUCCCAGCAGCAGCUGCUUCAGCUUCUGCCGGAAGUUGAUCGACAGGUCGGGCCUGAUGGCACAGCCAGACUGAGUAGUUCAGCUCUAAAUAAUGAAUUCUUCACUCAUGCUUCUCAAAGCUGGAAAGAGAGAUUGGCUGAAGGUGAAUUUACCCACGAGAUGCAAGUCCGUUUAAGGCAGGAAAUGGAGAAAGAAAAGAAGGUCGAGGCUUGGAAGGAGAAGUUUUUUGAAGAGUACCAUGGGCAAAAGUCUGGCCUAACUCCAGAGGAAUCACUGAAGCUCACUGUGAGUGAAGCUAAUGAAGUAACUGGUUCCGUACUGGAGAGCGACGUUUCCUUGGUGGCAACUGGUCCUUCUAAGAGACGCAGUGUGGGCAGAAGGAGGAGGGAUGGCAGGAUGAGGAGACGUACACGCGUUGACCUUCGUCGCAGAGCUCGCCGGACGCUCUGCAAGGUCUCUCCAGCUUUACAGUCUACAGAAGCAGCUGAGUCCAGUGCUGGACUGGACAUUGCAGCAGUAUCCAUUGACUCGUCUGUGGGCAGUAACACAGUGGUUCAAGCAGAGGUGGUGCUCCAGGCUGACUGUGCAGUUGAGCUCCCCACUGAGGAUGCCUCUGAAGAGCAGAAGCCCUUCACACCAGAAGCAGUUGUUGUGGCUGCUCCAACUCCUGCUCCAAGUCGCAGCUCAAGUCCAACCUCUACCAGUGCGAACGAGGAACCUGAAGUUGCAGCUUUCCUUCUACCCAAAGAAAUCCCACCAGUAAUGGCCUCCACCAGCUCUCCUUCGUCCUCAUCCUCCUCCUCGUCUGCUUCAUCUCCUGCGUCUUCAACCUCAUCACCUGACAGACAAGGAGCUUUUGCAUCGGGUCUGGACUCAUCUUCAUCUUCCUCCUCAUCAUCCUCCAGUGCAACACUUCCGGCUGAUCCCUUGGAUGAUGCAGCCUCUGUGGUCACUUCCAUCACUGGUGGCACCGCAACCAGCAGCCGUGAGAGCAGUCCGUCAGCCAGCCCGGCCACCGCUGAUGUGCUCGGCACUGAGCAGAAGAGGCGACAAAAUGAGCCUGAAGCUCUCCCCAGCUUUCCAGAGAAAAGACCACGACUUGACAGCCGUCAGUCCUUUCGUACCACAAUUGACGGUGUCUGUUCAGAAAAGCCGCAGCCAACAACCGAAGAACCGAAGGUGCCACCCAUUCGGAUUCAACUAUCCAGAAUCAAACCUCCAUGGGUCAAAGGGCACCCCACUUACCAGAUCUGCCCACGGAUUGUGCCCUCCGGAGAGGGCUCACGCCGCUCUGGAACUGGGGGAGCACGAACUCUGGCAGACAUCAAAGCCCGAGCCCAGCAAGCCCGAGCCCAGAGGGAGGCCGCUGCUGCUGUUGCGGCCUCUGGCGAAAGGACAGGGACGACCAGUGUCGGGCUGCGGCCUGCUCUUGGGCUAUCGGAUAGCAACAGUGAACGACGAAGAAGAGAGCACCCAGGACCAACCGAGCCUGGAGGAGGGGGGCAGGAAGGAACCGGAGAUGAGAAGAAGGCGGCCAGUGAAAUGGAGGAGCAGGAAUCGUCUUCAGACGCUAAUUCGUCUGGAACACAAUUACAGCUUCAAUAUGUAGAAGCUCACUGUUCCCCUUCAUUAUCCAACACAUCCACCUCCAUGUCUGUGGAGUCCCCACAGGCCCCCAGUCCCCACCAAGAGGGGUCAGCUAGGAGUCUGAAAGUAACAGAAGAGGUUGAAGAAACAUCAGCAACUUCCCAGAGCUCCCCCUGUAGGUUCACAGACGGGCCUUGCAAUCUCUCCCCAGAUCCCAACAUUACAUCCAAGUCAUUGGGCACCCAAUCUUUUCAGGCAAACCAUUUGCAGGAGUCAGCCGAUGUCUCCGAGAUGGCAGGCAAAGGUUGUGUAAAAACCAUCCUGACCCAAACAUCAAUCCCUGAUUCCAUCCCUAGGUUUGGGACUCAGGGUGUAGACAUUUUACAGACAAUUGCCACUUCUUCUCAGAACAAAAAGCAGGAAAGACAAAAGGAGGAUGGACCCUGUGUCAUCGUCCAGCAUAGUUCACACCAUGAGGAACAGCGGGAAGUUUCGUCUCAUUCAGUGGUGAAACAGCCAGAGGGUUCUCUUCCUCAAUGUGAUGUGAAUCUCAGCAUCAGCAGAAAGAAAGAAGAAGAUGCAAAUACACACAGUGACUCCACAGAAACUGCUUCUGACUGUGAGAAUGAAGACCAGGAGGACGGGCAGCAGGAGUUGGCGGACCAAGAGUGGCGCUAUCCUCUGAGUACCCAGUGCCCUGGUACUCAGAGCCAGCAGCUCAUUGUGCAGUCCAAUAUGCUGGGUCACAAGGGUCAGACAGUCAUUCAGCCUUGCUUUCCAAAUGGUCUACCUGAGCUUCAGCAUAACCACCCUGAGUCCCAGGACCACCAUUCUGUCAUUACGGCACCUUUGCUGGGUUUCAGAGAAAAGAAUGCUGUGGUAAAAAUUAAGCUCAAAGAGGACCGUAAAGCCUCCAGAACAAGUUAUGUUGAGGAGUGCCAAGGAUCUUUAAAGUCUCCUGUCAUUCAUUUAAAUGUUGCUGCUGCUCCCAAAAGACUGGCUGGUCCAGCCAGAUCUGUUUCAAGUGUGGAGGCCAACAACCCUCUUGUUACUCAGCUUCUACAGGGCAGUCUUCCCCUUGAAAAAGUCCUCCCUUCACACUCAGCCAACAGGCUGGAGAUAAGCCGACUCCCAGGAACUCAAUCCAGGACACCAACUCUAAAGAACCCAGGAACUCGCAACAAAACUGAGGUCCCAGUCCAACUUUCUAGUCCAGAAGAAUCAGCUGUUCCUCAGGUUCUUAACCUGUCAUCAGUAGAGCAAUCUGGUUCCUGUCAGUCCCCAGUUGUGUCAGACUACCACCCUCCGAUGGCCCCUGGUGCUGUCCCAGUUAUUACUUCUGCACCACCCUCUUUUUCUUCUUCUGGAUUGUCAUCCAAAACCAAACCAGAUGUGUCUCUUACUGCAGUGGAGUCUACGGUCAACAAGUCUCAUGGCUCCCACUCAUCACAGGAGGGUGUUGCCAACCAGUGCCCAGAUACUCAUGGGAGUAUACCUAAUUUACCCUCCCCUCCCUAUGUGGACCCCUGUCCCCUGGAGGGGGUGGCAAUCAUAAAGGUCAAUCUACGGCCUCAGCAACCUCAGCAGGUGUCUCCUGCUUCCCCUCCGAAACAUGAAGCUAGCACCCGGCCGUCUUGCCAGGCCUUGGCUAAGGCUACGUCAGCUUUAACCCAUGGUGUUCUCAAAAAGGAACCUGGGAAUGCAAUAGAUGGGUACCUGUGUGGAGGAGCCAUGGAGGGACUUCUCAACAUGGAGCUGACACUGGCAAGGAUAGCCAAAAAAGACCAUGGAAAAGUUUCAUACUCAUCCAGCUCCCCUUCACCCUUGUCCUCAUCUCCCUCACCUUCCUCUUCCGCCUCCUCCCUGCCCUUCCCGUUGUAUGGAAAGCUUCCCAAACAGAGUGGAUGUGUGGGAGCUGUUAGCUACACAGCCAACCUGUCAAUGAUGGACAACAGUGGUUUUACCCGGGGUGUGACUGAAAGCGUGCUCCAGCUACGCCCUCGUCUGGCGCCCAGCCACGCUACUCUCAGCAUCCAAGCAUUCGCCGACAGUGCAACCGACGAGGUGGCCCUGAAGUGCUCCUGCCGCCUCAAAGCCAUGAUCAUGUGCCAAGGCUGUGGGGCUUUUUGCCACGAUGAUUGCAUUGGACCCUCCAAACUGUGUGUGUCGUGCCUUGUUGUCAGAUAGUGGGUUUUGGUGGAUUUGCUGUUGGAGGUAUGGUGGAUGUGCACAUGCCCUGUAAAUCUGGUCUGUUUCUUUGGUUGUUGCUGAUAUCAGAUUUUUAAGCUGUAUUGUUUAUUGAUAUUAUUAUUAUUAUUGUGAACUUGGAGCAUGAUUAAUUGUACAUUUUGCCAUUUACCUCAUGUUGUCUUGCUCCGCUUGUUAUCAGUGGUAGAUCACAAUUUUUUUGACAUCUAAUUUGCUCCGCAAACUAGAAAGUAUUGUCUCUUUGCAGAGUUAUUUUUUUAACCAUUGAAAGGAAUAAAACAUUGCUUCGUUAUUUUAAGUU